GGUGUCUUAAUGCGAGAAUGCCUGUGACUGGCUGUCAGAAUAUGGUUAGCCAGCAAGCACUGCGUGCGUUUGGUUAUUCAACGUCCCGCUUCGGCCGACCUAGUCUCAGAUCGCUCUCCGCAACAGCUGCACCGCGACGACAAACCAUGACCACUGCUGCAGCUACACCAAUAACAUUUUGGGACAUCACCCCAAGCCCUGGGGGAUGCCCCUUUGCUCAGCGAGCGUGGCUGACUUUGGAGGAGCUGGGAAUCCCAUACGAGCACAAGCUGGCGGAUCCGGCUAAUAAGCCAAAAGAAUUCACGGACUUGUACGCCAGUAUUGUUCAAAAUACAGACGACUCCGCCAAGGUCCCCACCAUCAUCGAUGGCGAUGAGAAGCUGACAGAAUCGCUGGUUGUUGUCGAGUAUCUGGAUGCCAAGUAUGGGGGUGACACGCCCAUCAUUCCACGUGACCCUGCGCAACUCGCAAAGGUGAAGCUCUUUGUGGAGCUGUUCAGCAGCAAAUUCCAGACGCCCUUCUUCAAGAUCCUGCGCGCUGGCAGCGAUGAUGAGCUGGCCCAGCUGAAGCAGGAGUUUGCACACAACCUUGAGGUGUUGGACAAUUUCAUCAAGGCGUCAGGCAGCGAGGGCGGCGGUUAUUUCUUGGGAGAGCGGUACAGCUUCGCGGAGACGGUCACAACGCCCUUCGUGAGGCGCGCAUUGGUCACCCUUCCCCACUUCAAGGGUGUUGAUCCGCUGGAGAUCGCUAAGUCCAAGGGCCUCGACCGCCUUGUUGCCUGGAUCCAGGCUUCAAUGGACAGAGAGUCUAACAAGAAGACAGGCCCGUCCGACGAGGCCAUCAUUGAAAGCUUCAAGAAGUUUAUUACUUGAUACAGGAGAGUGCUUCUCACUUGAUUGCCUUGCACUCAGCUGGCUUGGCUGUUUGAAAAACUGGGAAGGGCAGGAAAGCAAUGCAGCGGCAUUCAUACGCAAUGGCAGCGGCAGUGAAGACCGUGGAGCGUAGGAAGAGUGAACAGGGGUGUUUUGCGAGAGGGGCAGUGGGGAAUGAUGGCGUGAAAGGACAGAAGAACAGAGCGAUUUGGUGUCAGCCACUUCUGGGAUGCAUGCAUGCUCACGAUGCGAAGUAGACCUGUGCUUCUUCAUGUAGAUGUGUAAUGAGCUAGAUACUGAUGUAUGAGCUAGAUAUCAUAUGGGCGGAGGCCAGAGCUAUAAAUUGUGGGCAGCUUCAAGCUUCAAGCUUAAAGUUAAAGCCAACAUUUGCUAUGAACCAGAGACAGCAUGGGCCACAGAGCUCUGAUCGUGCUUGCAAUCUAUGAUGUCACAUGC